CUCCGUUCGAUUUUUUUAUUUUGACAUUUUUAAUUGCGGGCCUGUACUCGUUAUUCUGCGCAUUUUCAUCCGCGGCGGAGAGAGGGGUAGGUAGGAGGCACACGCACUAUUUUUUAGUGCCGGCUUAUUACAGCAGAUGUCUCAUAGCCAUGUCCCAAUAAAGAAUAAGCGGCACCGGCAUUUUUUUGCGCGUUUGAAUUUUUAAUAUUCGCUCGAUGUUCGUGAUGAUCUGACGUUUUCUUUUCUUCUUGUGUGCCUGUGUUUUGUUCGCAACGCCGUCUUGUUGUUCGUAUUUGGCGGGAACUUGUGCCUUCGAGACUCUCUCAGUUUAUUUUUUUUUUUAAUAAUCUGGCUGAUCAGGACUUGUGGUGCGCUCAAUUUUUUCCGGGGAAUAUCUGACGCCUUCUUACUAUGGAUUUCUUCAGACAUGACUCUAAAUGACUGAACAUAUGUCCCUCAGGUGAAUAUUUCCUACAAUGGUAGAUACACAGCACUUCUGUCUGCGUUGGAACAAUUACCAAAGCAGUAUAACAUCGGCUUUCGAAAACCUCAGAGAUGAUGAGGACUUUGUAGAUGUUACACUGGCCUGUGAUGGAAAAAGUUUGAAAGCACACCGUGUAGUUUUGUCAGCCUGUAGUCCAUAUUUCAGAGAAUUACUUAAGUCAACGCCCUGCAAGCACCCUGUGAUAGUCCUGCAAGAUGUCGCCUGGACCGAUCUGCACGCCCUCGUCGAAUUCAUCUACCAUGGAGAGGUUAAUGUGCAUCAGCGCUCCCUGUCGUCCUUCCUCAAAACGGCCGAAGUCCUUAGGGUCAGUGGCCUCACUCAAAAACACGGAGAGGACCGCGAACAGCUGGCUCAGGUCCAAAGCCUGGUCCGCUACCCCCAAACGCCGCCCGUAUCCAACAGCCACCCAACGCCCAACUACACCGACAAGUUAGUAUCCGAAUCGCUCUUCACCUCCCCAUCAUCACCACCACACGGCGCUACCGUCAAUCAGCUCCUAAGACGCGCCGCCAUGCAACACCGGAGAGAGAGGCGGAUAUCCAUGGACCCCGAGAACGACCACAAGCGCCCCAGACCCGACCACAUCAUCGGCAAUAACAACAAUAACGAGCUCAACCUGUCCCAGCACACGCAGCAACCUCCCCAGACCCAACCGGCAGACUUCUCGCCGAGCGCGAUGAAGAACAACGCGCUCAACCUCAACCUCAGCUCGCUGCACCGGGACUUCGAGGGCAACGGCAUCAGCAGCACCGACAGGGACAUCUCCCCGAUCAGCCCGUCCGGCGCCGCCGCCAGCAGGUGCAACGAUGGCGUCGUCAAAUCCGAACCAAUGGAACUCCUAUGUAGUACAAAUAACCAGGACGAUAACAGUAACGACUCAGGGGAUACGGCCACGCCGAACGACAACGGGCCUACGAAUCUACCUCAGGGACCGCACUCGGGAAGCUCGGCGGGCGACCACGAGGACCACGACAGUCCCAUUGGCGGUCCGCCUUACCUGACGCCGUCGGAGAGCAAGCUCUUCGCCACGGCUACCAGCGGGUUCAAUUUUACGAUGGCCGCCUUGGCGGCGGAGCCUUCUGGUCUUGGAGGUUUGAAUGCAUCAUUAACAGGAAAUGACACACUUGCCGGUACGUCUCAAGCAAGAAGCAUGUCCCUGCCGAAUCCUUUGAGCGCCUUCCACCGUUGUGACGUCUGCGGCAAACUGCUCAGCACCAAGCUGACCUUGAAAAGGCACAAGGAACAGCAGCACCUCCAGCCGCUCAACAACGCGCUUUGCACCCUUUGUCACAAAGUUUUCAGAACUCUGAACUCGUUAAAUAACCAUAGAAGCAUUUACCACAGGAGACAGAAGUAGAUCUGUGAUUAUUCGAAUGAACUAUAUAUACGAACACCAAGAAUAUAUAUACCUAUAUAUAUAUACUUCAGUUUUUGUUGAUCUUUAGUCAUAGCCGUUUGCCCCCGCUGGACUUUAAAGUUACGUCAAGCUGUCCCAGAUGUAAUAGUUAUUGUAUCUUUUUUUUUUAAUAAUAAUUAACACUACUUCCUGCGUUGGUGGAAAAAUAUUCGUCCUUAAGUAGUGAACUUGUUGAAGAAUCAUCAAGCAUCUCUGUUUUUUCUUAUUAUUUUUUUUUUAUUUUUACUUUUUUAAUAAGAGACUGAAGGAACUUUAAUCAUAACUUCUCGAGCAACGGUUGUGGAGUUAUCAAUAAUAAUGAAUUUUAUAUAUUUCAUCAUCGUUACUGCUGAAACUAUCUCUUAAAUUAUUUUAAUUAAGAGGAAACAACACCAAAUGACUGCUCAGUUCAAAACUGAUUUAGAAUUUAAGAUAUUUCUUCUGACAAAUCACCAAUUUUUAUGGGGUUUUCAAUAAUUCUUUUAGACAAUAAUCUACAUUAUAGUAUUUCAAUAUUUUCAAUUUGCAGAUGAAAAAAAAAUUAUUUUGGUAUCUUUUCGUUUUUCGCAAGAGAAGUGAUGACAUGGUAUUAGCACUGAUGUAUUUAAAAAUAUUCUUGAAAAAAUUCGACAAAAAAAUCAUAACAAAAGAGACAAAACUAUAAUUUUGUGAAUAUUCAUAAAAUGGCUCGUAAACUAGUACUUCCUUUCGAUGAAAGUUGGAAUUAUUGAAAUAUUCCUAACUCAUAUUGAUCAUUUAAUUGUUCUGGCAUGAGCACACAUAAAUUUUGCCCCCCCUCCUUGGAAAAUAUUGACAGAUCACAAGAAUGUGACGUGGUGGUGUUCCCUCUCAAUUUUGUUUUUUAUUCAAUCUAUACUUCUUAAUUUGAAGAUAAUUCUUAUAUUUUAUUGGAUUUAAAUAAUCUGCGUAACUUUCGUCUCAAACAAACAUGUUUCAUUUAAUUUUAAUUUUUUUCUUUUCGUGACAAUUAUACGAAAUAAUUCUUAAAAUGCAUGAAGAUUUAAAACUCAACUAUUGUACAUAAUAAAUACAAACAUGCUUCAUUCAUGAAUUUCUUGUUUUAUACAAAAAAGUUUGAUCUCUUCUUAAACGUUGAGAUUGAAUUUAAAUAUAUAAAUAAAAAAAAAGUGAAUGAAUAUUUUUCCAUCACUAGGGAAUUCAGAUAUCCUUAGUCUACAGUAAUAAUAGCAAAUAAACACGAAAUAUAAUUUUAUUGAUGAAUUUGAAAUUUGCAUUAGUUUUUUGGCUCUGUGAUAUUUUUUGUUGGAUAUAUCUAAAGAUUUAUAUUUUUUCGGAUGUGAGAAAAAUUCAUCGAUAAAAAUUUUAGAUUCGAAAAAAAACGAAGCCUUGGUAUAAAUAUAAUGGGUGAAAGGGAAUGUUUCUUCCACGUUAUACAUAUUAUUAUUGAGAAAUUUUGAAAAAUGUUCAUUAUUUAUUUCGAAAAUAUAUCAAUUUUAGGCCUUAGCAAGGAUAAAAUAAAUUUUGUAAAGUUAGAAUGGUAUACCGUAUAAAAAUAUUUUUGAAAAGUAUGUGUUCAGGGAAUUGUGCAAAAAACUUUAUUUUGUAUAAAUUUUGGUCAACAGAAGGCGGUAAGUGUUGAACCGAAAGGUUGUCAAAUGUGAAAUGAAAACGAUAAUUCGAAAAUUCCAAUUGUUAUGCGCACUAGGUCGACAAAUGCCUAAUGUGUAGUGUAAACUUAAAUAUGUGAUAUCCUGAAUUUAUUAGUUUAUUUUGUAAAAAUUCUUCUAUUUUCAUUGAGGAUAUUCAGAAUUCUAAUGUACAUAAAUAUUUUCAUUUUUUUUUCAACUGUUGUAAUAACUUUUAUUCAUUAUUGUCAACCGAUUGGAGUUUUCGAAAAAUGCUAAAUGGUUUUGGAAAUUUACCUAUGCUAGGCGAUGUUUUGUUUGAAAAUCUAUUGUUGUAUUGAGAGACAGGACUUGAGUUUUAUUAAAAGACUGAAAUUUAGAAUAUUUUUGCGGUAUUUUUUAAGACUGAUAUUUUGACUGAUUAAUUUUUUUUUUUGGUAAGAUGAAAUUUUUGAUGGAAACAAAUUGGCAACCCCAGAAUUCUUUUUUUUUAACGGUUAUUAAAUUGGUCCUGUGUAGUGAAUAUUAGUUUUUGCAUUUACGCAUGUUCAUGUUGUUCUAUGCAAUAUUUAUCAUAUUUUAUGUACUGUUGUAUAACCUUUAUUUAUGUUCAAAUAUAUUUUUACAUUCGCAAAA